AGAUUAUAACAGAAAUAUAUCGUAUGCUAAUAAUACAAUUUUGCCCAUACGUCUCAUUCGUCAUUCAAAUGUCGUGUUUUCAUUGCGCGAGUGAACAGCGUGUUUCUGCACGGAAGCGUUUCAUAGUUGCUCUUCUUUAAAUGCCUGCACCGAUCAGCUGGUUCCGCCGCUAGAGUCUGUAGUUGAGUUGCUAUUACAUCCCUCAGCAUCCUUUCACCUUACUCUCUUCCAGCGGUCACUGCAUGUAUAAAGCUUGUAUUUUAGUAUGAUUUCAGGAUAUAAUUUUUGCAUACUGUAAAUUGCACAGCAUACAUUUAUUCAGCUUCAGAGGAUCAGGCUGAAAGUGUGUGGUCCUCUCAUUUGGCUUUUGGGUUCCCAUGGGCAGUGUGCUGGCCUUGUCAACCCGCCCGGGGCGCCAAAACUCCCCUUUUCCACAAGAUAGACCCUUGUCACGGUGGGAAAGGAGAGAUGGACGGCUGCCUAACCCUGGGAGCUUUGAUGGUCUGCACCGCAACUGUAAAGAUUUAUUUCCACAGCAGAUUGAAGGAGUGAAACUGGUGAUAAAUAAGACCCUCAGCAGUUUUUUCAAGGUCAGUCACACAUUUCACCUCAGUGCCGUUGCUCCGUCCAGUUAUCGCUUUCAUGGUGAACACCUACAGUCAGACACUGACAGCAAACAAACGGACUCACCAAUGCUUAUUGGAGAAAUGGACUCCUCUGGCAGUUUAAACGCACACUCUUUGUUCCAUCUGAGUGAGAAAAUAAGAGCUAAAGCAGUGUUUCAGACUCAACAGGCACAGUUUGUCACAUGGCAGUUUGAGACGGAGUAUAGAGGUAGUGACUUCACAGCAGCGGUUACUAUGGCCAACCCUGACAUUCUGAGGGAAUCAGUUAUCAUGGUUGCACACUUUCUUCAAAGCGUAUCCCCGCAGCUGGUUCUGGGGGGAGAGCUGGUAUACCAUCGAGGUCGAGCAGAGGAAGGGGGCAUUCUUACCCUGGCAGGCCAGUACUCAGGGCCAAACUGGGUUGCAACACUGAAUGCUGGUAAAGGAGGUGCACAUGCCAGCUACUACCACAGAGCCAACAAACAGAUUCAGGUGGGAGUGGAGUUUGAGGUGAGCACUAGGACCCAGGAAACAACCUUUUCUUUUGGUUACCAGAUGGAACUUCCUGAAGCUAAAAUGGUCUUCAGAGGAAUGUUGGACAGCCGCUGUAUAAUUGGUGGGGUUCUGGAAAAGCGGCUUUACCCCCUUCCUGCCACAUUGAUCAUGGGUGCCUUUGUCAACCACAGAGCAGACAAGUUACAGGUCGGUCUUGGGGUUAACGUUGGUUAGAUGCGUAACCUAACUCAAAAGAGGCACCACUCAAGACUGGGGACUUCAGAAAACCACCUUCACGUCUGCCCAAAGACCCCGGUCCACCUCGGACUACGGAGAGAACAGGCAAGCUAACCAAAGCCCUGUUUGCCAGACUGGACAAUCAUGUAGUUCAUGGCAAGCAGAGGUGUGAGAGCUGAAAAACCCAGGAACGUCUCCGCUAUGUUGGUUCCAUCCCGUGUCAAGGAUUUUGCUGUUUUGAUCUUAUAUUGGCCCCUCAAGUAACCUGAAGUAAAUUUUCAAAGAUUAUAUUACUUAAGAACAAGAUAGCAACUUCUGCAACUGUUGGAGGAGACCACACAAAUGAAUAUGUAGCUGUGUCACAAAAUGUCCUGUUACUUCUCUAUUAAAGAUCUAUUUUUUUUGUAGCAAACUCCAAAUAUAGUUCACUCCCAAAUCAAUGUCAAGCGAAACAUAUUGAAGGUCAUCCCCUCUGUUGUUUUUCAUUCAAACAAAUCACUCUCUGUUCUCCUUGUUAAGCUAAAAUUGAAAAAUCUCCUUGAGGGUCGGACUCUGGUAAAAUGGCAAGUAUGACAAUGGAAGGAAAGUGUGAACUGUAUAAGGAUGCACUAUAGAUGGGAUAAUACAGGACUUUUAUUUGUCUGAUUUGACAAAUGUCAGAGCCGUGGAGCAGUAGUGCCUGUUCUUAUUAAGCAUAACAGCCACUGGUUCACAGGAAUGCAGGAAUGAGUCAGACCUGCUUUAUAUCUGCCACGUUCACACUGCAAAAUUUCAGGAGUGAGAACCACAUGUAAAUUAGGAAGAGAAUCCCCUAAAUUAACGCAGCUUAAAGCCUGUUCACAUCAACAUUGCAAUAUUUUGGUCUUAUUUCUAUUGUUGUAGAGAGAGACAGAACUACAUCAUAAUGUGUGAAUGAGCAAGCUCGUACCUCUUUACCUGUGAUUUCCUUGCACUUCGCAAGCUGCUGUAAAUAAAGCAGUGAGCAAAUGGAUGUGUUCUGUCAGUUUUCUCAAGCACCUCUCUUAAAGCUAAAUGAUAUGAUAGAAACUCUGUAAGUAGAUUCAAUUUACACAAUGUGGUAAAACUGUGAAGAAACUUAUUAAAGAUCAUUGCAAGUUAUCUGCAUGAUGGAUGAAAGACUUGAAAUAGGAUUCUGAAACACCUGAAAUAAUAAAGCCCAAAAUAAUAAUUUUUAAAAACCUAUUAUGAAUGAUAUAAUUAGUCAAAAAUCAAUUAGCUGCUGUUCAAAUACUCAUCUGAACAAUUAAUUUCUCCAGGUAGAGGAGUUAGACAAGUAUGCCCGCAUUCUCCACCAACAAACUGUUGGGGAACACACUUUGACCCCAUGAAGAUAUACGUUUAAAGAAGACAAGGAUACAAAGCUAUAGUUCAGUCAGUUGACAGAGAGUUUACUGAAGACAAAGUUCUCCACACUUCCAAAGGUUGUAAGGGGAUCAAGCCUCAAACUAACUUAUGAUACAGAAAGACUAGUACUUAAAGGUAUAUGGAUACUCAGUUGGCAAUAUUUCUACAGAUUCUGAUAGGUUAACAGUACAGAUAAUUCUAGCAUCUUCCAAACAUUUGGAUAAAGACAUAAUCUUUCAAACACUAUGCUCUACAUUCAUAAGAAACCAUCAUAAAUGUUGCAUGUACAUCAUAAAUCCCACAAAGGCACUUCUGGAUCUUCAUUUGGAUUCUAUCAUUUUUACUGUGUGUAAUUUCUAGAUGUAGUUUUGUCUAAUUAUGAAGAAGACACUGAUGUAGAGGUUAAUAUAGGUGCAUACAAAGUAGCUGUAUCCUUACAUAUUGUAACAUCAGCCAUCAAGGGGUAGAAAUGGACGAAUCCAAAGUCAAGGCAGUCAGCGAAUGGCCACAACCAACUACCAUCAAGGAACUGCAGAGGUUUUUGGGAUUUGCUAACUUUUACAGACACUUCAUCCGUGGCUACAGCUCCAUUGCAGCUAAGGCCUUUAAAUACCCUCUAGGUUAGCUUCAUAACAGCACCCAUAUUACAACAUCCAGACCCUAAUCUCCCCUUUGUGGUUGAAGUGGACGCAUCUGACAGUGGCAUUGGAGCUGUACUCUCCCAGUGUAAUGGACAACCUGGUAAAUUGUAUCCAUGUGCUUUCUUUUCGAGAAAACUCACACAGGCAGAACGUAAUUAUGAUGUGGGCAAUAAGGAAUUGUU